CUGCUCUGUUUAAACCCGACGAGAAAAGUUAUUUUCAGUCAGAUCACUUCUUAGUCUCUGAUUUGUUCUUAGAGCUGAACAGUGACUAACUAGGUUGCUCUAAUUAAAGAAUUAAACUGAGGAACACAAACAGCUGAAGGUCCUGACACAUCCUCCAAAAGUCGUGAGGAAAAUAAGUUGUGGUUUAGAAAAGAAUGUGAGGAUCCUGAAAAGUUUCUUUCACGUGAAGUUUAUGAUGUCACCAGUUGCUUCCUCAAGACUCCUCCCCUUUCGUGUUUGAAUUUACUUUCGUUUCCUUUUGUUGUUGCCGUUUGAUGGUGGGGAAAAAAAGCACAAAACUUGUGGUCAUUAGCUCCAAAUAAAGGUAAUGUAAUCAGUUCUUAAUGUCUGAUUCUGCAAUCAGGGGAUAACUGUAGAUGCAGGGUUCCUGUCAAGAGUAAAGCAAGUUGUUGUUCAGCAGAGGGCUGCCCGUCCAGGAAGUGGAGAGGAGCCGCAACUCUUCCCCGCUGCCUUCCCCCCUCCAGGCGGCCUGACACGGAGCGGAUACCCGCUUCAGUGUUUUUUAAAAGCGGGAGCUUCAAACUGAAGAUCUGAUGAGUUGACGUGAAUUCAGCGCCAUGUAUCUCUGGGCGAAGAAAGAGAGGAAAGAACCAGAGAGGAAAGAACCAGAGAGGAAAGAACCAGAGAGGAAAGAACCAGAGAGGAAAGAACCAGAGAGGAAAAAACCAAAGAGGAAAGAACCAGAGAGGAAAGAACCAGAGAGGAAAGAACCAGAGAGGAAAGAACCAGAGAGGAAAGAACCAGAGAGGAAAGAACCAGAGAGGAAAGAACCAGAGAGGAAAAAACCAAAGAGGAAAGAACCAGAGAGGAAAGAACCAGAGAGGAAAGAACCAGAGAGGAAAGAACCAGAGAGGAAAGAACCAGAGAGGAAAGAACCAGAGAGGAAAGAACCAGAGAGGAAAGAACCAGAGAGGAAAAAACUAAAGAGAAAGUGGUUGGAGAGCCCUUUAAGUGGAAAAAUACAUGGAAGUAAAAGGAAAACAGAGCUACCAGAUGUUGAGAGGAAGAAAGUCCCAACUUAUGAAGAAAGGACGAGAUUUGCUGGAGUCCAUACGUUGAGAGACAAACUAAGGAAGUAUUCCUGCAGUCUCACCUUUGACUCAAACACAGUUCACAGAAAGCUGAAGCUGUCUGAUAACGGCAGGAAGGUGACCCAUGUGAGCAAGGCUCUGUCAUACCCGUAUCACCCAGACAGGUUUGACGGCUGGUGGCCUCAGCUGCUGUGCAGUGAUGGUCUGACUGGUCGCUGCUACUGGGAGGUGGAGUGGUGCGGAGUGGUUUAUGUUUCAGUGAGCUACAGAGGGAUCAGAAGGAGAGGAUACAGAAACUGUAUGUUUGGCUGGAAUGACCAGUCCUGGAGUCUGAGAUGCUGCGAUAUUAAUAAGAGUUACUCUGUCUGGCACAAUAACAAAAGAAAACACGCCUCCUCUGGCUCAUGCAGCAGAGUAGCAGUGUAUGUGGACUGUCCUGCCGGCAUCCUGUCCUUCUAUAGAGUCUCCUCUGGCUCCCUGGUCCAUCUCUACACCUUCAGAAUCACAUUUACUGAACCCAUCUAUCCUGGAUUUGGGUUCAGGAUUCCAGGAUCCUCAGUGUCUUUAUGUCAAGAUUUAAAGCCCAAACUUGUGGAAAUGCAGACAGAUGACUCAACGUUGGUCGAGGCUCCGUCAAGCUUCAGACCCCAAGUGGAAACUGACAAUUGGCAGGUUUCAUACAGGUUCCAGUGUCCAGGUCCGGGUGUGUUCGAGUGCGCUUUGACUGGUCUGGUGUUUGUUGUGACCCAACCGGCCAAACUGUGUUACAAGAUCAUCCAAUGGGAUGAAAGCAUCCUUCAACCAACUGGGAAGGUCCCUGCUGGGCCCCUGUACAGCAUCAGCUGUUCUCCUGAAGCAGUGUGUGGGCUCCACCUUCCACACUGCCAAGAUACAGACAUGUUGCCCAGUGAAGGCCUGCUGUCUGUGGUCCAUGUUUUCUCUGAUGGACUGAACUUCCUGGAGCCACUGAAGAUCACUGACACUCAUGUUGUCGUGAGGAUCUCUGACUUUUCUGCGUUUGGUCUGGUCUGGGACUUCUUAAAGAGGUUCAUAGAGAGAAAGGAUCCGGUACCAAGCCAAGUGCUGCUGUACCUCGGACCUCUGAAACCGAGAGCUCGGAACCAGAAGCUCUACGUGUUUCUGCUGCCCAGAAACAUCCCAAUGUACGAGGUCAGCAAAGACCGGAGGAACUGUAAGUUCAUCAGCUCCACUUCCAACUGCAAACUCAUCAAAGACCAGAGAUACAUCCUCACAUGUCCAAGAGCUUCACAGCUCUAUAAAAUACAACCUAAGAGCGCAGAGUUCGACCUGAGCUUUGGAAAUCAAUACCACCCAACAUUUGAGGUCCGUCUUCCCAUCAACACAGAGGAAGUGGUGAUAAUAAUCAAAGAUGAAGCAGAAACAGUGGUCUGGGAGUACGACGUCGAUCUGGCAGGUCAUUCAGAAGAUGACGUCCAAUCAGGUGUCACAGUCCAGUCAGAGAGUCCUAACCUCAAAGUAGAUCUGCUGAACAUCCUGGAUGAGCUGAAUGAGGAAGAGUUCAAGAGGUUUAAGUGGUUCCUGAGGAACGGACAGCAGACCAGUGGCUUCAAACUGAAAGAGUCUGCAGAGAGACGGAAGGUGGUGGACCAGCUGCUGCAACAAUACAGCCCUGAAGAAGUUCUUCAAGCUAUGAAGAAGACAUUAAAGAGUAUGGGCAGGAACGAUCUGGUGGAGCGAUUACAAAAACUCUAGUUAGUUGUUUAUCAUACAGUCAUGAUCAUGUUUGUUUCAGCCAUUUUGAUGGUUUCUAUCUGCAGGAGGUGAAUUUACAUUUUAAACGUCUUUGAAAUUUUUAGAUUAAUCUUAGAAAUCUUCUAGAAACAACUUGAAACUAUUCAACUCUUGAAAGUCAGAAAUUUCCAUGUUUUUUGCUAGAAAUUUUCUAAGGUUAAUCUCAAAAUUUGAGGGGUUUUUUUCUUGCAACUUUUGGAACUCAGGAAUUGACAUAUUUUUUUCUUGAACCAAUGGCAAAAGUUCAUCUACUAGCCUGGAAAAUGAUUUCACACAAAUUUAAUUUCAUUUUGUUUUUUUAUAUCAAUAAAUAAUUUGUUUGUAUGUG